UUAUGUUAUUUUUCUCCUCCUUUUUCCCUGUUUUCCCCCGAUUUUCCCCAGUGCUUUUUGCCCUCCCGUGAACUUCGGAAGCUGCGGGGACAUCGCCGGGCCGGGAUCUGCACCAUCUCCUCCCUUCUGUACCGGCACACACUGGAAAUGCAGAACCCAGGGCAGAACCAAGGCGUGGCUGACGUGUGGUCCAAAGGCGUGCGGGAGAGGAGGGAGAGAUUAAAGAAUGGCACCUUGGCUGCGUUCGAUGAACUGGAUGACAGCCUGACCAGCCUCAUGUGGCUCCCGGACUUCUCCAUCACCAGUGCCAGCGUGGGCAAGUCCUCCUGCUGCCUCACUGGGCCGGACCACCAUGGCUAUCAUAAGAUCCCCAGCUUUGCUGCCCCGUGCUCACCCCUGGCCGCUGACCCGGCGUGCAUGGGCAUGCCCCACACCCCCUGCAAGCCCAUCUCUUCGUCCACCUCCAGGACAGCACACACCACCAUAGCCUUGAACCCCCAGUUCAGGGAGGACAUUGACUACAAGACCAACCCACAAGUCAAGCCGCCCUAUUCCUACGCCACCCUCAUCUGCAUGGCAAUGGAAGCCAGUGGGAAACCCAAGAUCACCCUGGCUGACAUCUACAAGUGGAUCACUGAAAAUUUCUGCUACUUCAGACAUGCUGAUCCCACCUGGCAGAACUCCAUCCGGCACAACCUCUCCCUGAACAAGUGCUUCAUCAAGGUGCCUCGGGAGAAGGGGGAACCAGGGAAAGGGGGGUUUUGGAAGCUGGACCCCCAGUACGCCGACCGGCUCAAGCACAGCGCCUUCAAGAAGCGGAAAGUGCCCCCGGUGCAGAUCCACCCCGCCUUCACCAAAACCACCCAGCAGGAUCCACCCUGUACCCCCAGCUCAUCCCCUUCGGUCUGCACCUCCAGUAACAUCCCCAACACCCACACGGAGUCACAGCAGCUGCUGGAGGAGUUUGAGGAACUCAGCAAGAGCCAGAGCAUGAAUCCAGGGGGUGCUGAAGUGGGGUGCAAGCGCAAGAAGCCCCUGCCCAACCAAACGGCCAAGGUAGCUCGUGUUUGCAGCUCUCCCUUGCUGACCCAGGAGGAGCAGACAGAGCUGGGGUCCCUCAAAGGUGACUUUGACUGGUCAGCCAUCUUAAAUGGCAACGGCAGUGAAAACUUACCAGCUUUUGAAACUCUGGAGCUGCCACCUCCAAUCGGCCCCAUCAUAGCUGAUGUGGACUUGGAGGCACAGGGCCCCAUCGACUGUCCCCAGGGGCAGGAGCAGGCCCUCACUACAUAUAACCAACCCAGCCCAGAACUGGAUGAAGCCUUUCUGGCUGCAGCUUUCUUGGACAACCCCUGGGAUGAAGGCACAAACGACUGCCUCUCCAACUGCGUCAACAUCGACCAGCUCUUUGAAGCCUGUGACACCUCUUUGCCAGCAGAGGAGGGCGAAUGGAGCAGCCUCACAUCCCUUGUAUAAGACACCAGUCCCCAUUUAAAGCCCAUGCAGACUUUGUGCUUCCCCCCCUCAAAAUGCUGCUGGGACUUAAAGGGACAACAUUUUCUAGAGACAGACACAUCCACAGUGACUUCUGCCACCUUUUAAGAUUACACAUAAAAACAUCUAGGGGAGGGGGGAUGAACCACCAUCACAGGAACUGUUCGGUACAUCAUUAAAGGACACAUCAAAUAACUAAUUCAUGAGUUUCCUCAAGAGAAGAAUUAUAACAGUACUUAUUUUUUUACUUUUAAAGAAAUGUGAAUUCUCAUUUGGUUUUAUCCAUAGAAAUGGACAUCUGUUCCUUCAGGGCUAAAGGAGAAGCACCUGCUAAAUGCCACCCAAGACAUGAGAUUCCUGGUGGCUUAGGGCUUGACAGAAUAAGUGCAAUUUCCUUACCUUUUUUCCUCGCUGUUUCUCUCCCCUUGUUCACAGUAGUUGAU